AUGGAUCAAGAACUCUCUCCACCUGAUGAUUACGAUAACCCGGCACCGAAGCUCGGAGAAGGUUGUGCCUUGGCCGGGUGCGACAAAACCGAAGAGCUCCAUCGCUGCAGUGCUUGUAAACUCUUCCUCUAUUGCACUCGCGAACAUCAGGUCAAGGAUAGACCCGCCCACAAAACCACCUGUACUAAGAUCAGAAAGGCAAGGGAAAACCUUGAGAAGCAAAAGCAGGCUCUCAUCAACGACCCUGAAUUCAGAAAUGACAACCCUUUCGAGAACCAUGUUGGCCGUUUCUGGAACUUGCGUGAAACGCGCCCCUACAUGAUGGCGUUGAGCAAACUGGCCCAAGCUUUCCAAAACAAUCAUUAUCGACCUGCACUUGAAGCUGAGCUCGAGGUCUGCAUGGAAUUGCUGAGAUUAUGCCCAGGAGAUAACAUGGGUGUGCGCGAAACUGUACCUGCGUUGUUUCUACGCCUCAACAAGGACCAAGAAUGUUAUGAUUUCGUGAAGUGGUGGGCUACCACAGCAAGGGAGGGAGACUACGACUGGGGCACAUCGGAUCGUUACCUUAAUAUCAAAAAUGCGGACAUCUUCGAGCCUUGCGAUUUCAUCAAUGAAAAAUCCCUCUUCGGCUCAUUGUCUCUCCACGCUUGCAUGAUGAUCUUGAAAAUCAAACUUGUGCUGGAUUUGAUCAAACUACGAGCCACCCAGAACUCAAUCGAGAAAAUGAGCGCCAAUCUUUGUGCCGAGGCCGGCCCGCCGCCCGAGGAGGUAUUUAUGGAGCUCAAAAGGGGAAGUUGCAGAAGCUCGGCUAUUCUUGCACGCCCCGAGCUCCUUGUUGAACGGAAUCUCACGCCGAAAAUUAAUUCGCUGAGGAAACAGAUGGACUCAUUGGCGGAAUCUAUUGAUCGACAGAACAAGCACUACUUCCCUGCGUUGUUUGGUCCCGAUAUGGAUUUUGGUGGUGAUACAAUGUUCACAAUGGGAAGCCCGGAACAAAUGCGAAUGGCUUUGCAGAAUACUUGGCAAGCAUGGGUAGAAUCAACAGGAACACUCUCAUUCAUGUUAUUGCAGCGUGAAGGGGAACUUGAUACCCAUUUCAAUCCUGACAUUACCAUUCAUGAUGGCUAUUAA